AUGACCACUACCGCCACUCCCAUACAUCUCGCAGCGAGCACAACACCGACUAUUCAUAAUUCCACAACCACUCUACCUCCAUCUCAUCUUGGCAAAAGACAUUUCUACCUGUGUGGCGAUGAAACGCUCUCAUGGGAAUCGGAAUGGUAUACUGCACCAUUCUUCACUUCUAAUAGAAUUUCAUAUGAUUCAGCAGCUUCCCUUGGCCCUGUUAACCCACCCACAGGAAUAUAUCAGAAUGUCCCAGAAUGCUCUGCUAUCUUGCAAUCUCACUCAUCUGACACAACAAGAUUCACUUCGGGAACCAUUACCGAUGUUGGAAUUUGGUCUACUUUUACUUCACAAGGAAGAACAUAUACCACUUCGAUACCGAAAUCUACAAACAUACCUACAGCCCCUUCUACGACGGACUUGGCUUCUUCUAUUCAGAAAUCACCGACCUCGAUCGCGUCUACAGCACCUACGGCCCCAGUCGAUGCAAUCAAAGACCCUAGUUCGAUCAAUGCUUGUGCGGGAGAGUGGGACUGGCAGGACUGGGGAGUAAUAGCUGCUAUAGGAUCAGGUUUCAUCGUGGGAUUAGUGUUAUGGACGACUUGGAUCAUUCUCAGAAAUAAGAUUCCUGGGAUAUACGCCACACGUACUUGGGCAGUACCACCGGAGUCUAGACCUUCGAAAUGGACAAUUGUCACAUUCCUCUUACCAUUCUUACACAUCUCGCCUGAUUCUUCCACAGAAGAUACCUCUUCCCUUCGAAUCCUUUCAGCAGGAUUGAAACUUGCAGCUUUACUAUCGUUCCUAGCUUUGGCAGGUAUACUACCGAUGAUACUGGCAGAAGUACCAUGUCUCAGUAAAACUUCACCCGUCAAUACGUUCGGAGGUAGAUUAGGUACUUUGACUGAUUUAUCGUUACUUCGAUUACUCAACGCUCUUGAUCCAAGUCCAGACUCAGAAGCUACUUCAAAUACCAUCAAGAUCAUGUUCGCUCCAAUGAACGAACGAUCUUUAACUUCCACUAUAGCACCAGCGAUUUCUUCUGCGAAAAUAAGGUUGAUUAUCAUUUUGGUGAUAUUAGCUGUACUAGCCUGUGCUGGGGGGCUCUACACCAUAACUCGAACAUAUGCGUUAUUGAGCACAUCUCGAAAGAAGUUCGAAAAGGAGGUGUGUGACCAUAUGGAAAUGAUUUACAUCCCUCAUGAAAAGGCUAAGGGAUGGAAAGGGAUGUCGGAAGAUGGUGUUAGACGAUGGCUCAGUGACUGGUGCAAACGUAAUGCAUUGGAAGAAAUCAGUGUCAUUGGAAUCUUCGCCAUACCAGAUAUUAUCAAAUUGAAAGAAAAGGUCAUAGAAAGGGAGCGAGUGCUCAUCGACCUCGAAGUGGCCGAAACCAAAUACAUGGCCUCGUUCAACGUAAGACAUAGUGAUCCGAUAGAGAAAUCCCUUGGAUCCAUAGGAUGGGGAGAACCCGGUUCAAAAUCGACCAAACAGUCUUCUCCUUCUCGAACCACCCCACCAGACGACUUUCUAGCUCCAAAGGACUUUUACAAGAUAUCACCUCCUCCAAGUCCGAGAUCCACAGAGAGGUUCAAUGUGCCACUCCCUUGGCAACUCCAAGAACAGCCUGUGAACUCGAAGUUCAAAGAAAUCAACAGAGACUCCGCGAUGUAUGGAGGAAGAUUCGAUAUCGGGCAAAGAAUCAAGAUGGAUCCAGAGGGAAAUUGGGUUCCCGAUCCAAGUCCACAAAGUGAAUCGACGGCGCCUCUGGGAACUACCCCGGGGAGUUCUCAGGAAGGUCCCUUGAACGCGGAAGCUGCGAGGAUCGAUCCGAUGGGGGUCACUCCUUUUUCAUCUACCUGUCCUGGACCACCAAUAUCUCCUACCACAUCACGGUCUCCAAGAACUGAGAUACCGCGUCGAGCUUCAGCAGGGUACACCUCACCACUUGCAGGCAAUUAUACCGCAAUCAGAGAAUCAAGAGCUAGAUUCAAAGAAUUGAAUGUAGAGAUUGACGAAAUGCAAAAAUCCAAAUUCGCCGAAGUGGGCUCUUCUGGAAAGGUGAAAGGGUGGAUUAUCGUAGGAAAGGGAGUAAAAUGGCUGCCUUCUGCUGAAAUAAUAGAAGGAUAUACAAAAGAAGAUAUUCUGUGGGAUAAUACAGGGAUGAAAAGGGGAAACGACGAGCUGUGGUUUUGGGUAAAAAUCUGUGCAGUUGGGGUGGGUUUAGGUAUGAUGAUGGUACCUGUUCUCGGACUGACAGUCGCCACAACUCCUGGAUUCUCUCACUAUAUUGGUCUCCUGAAACCACUAGCAAGGAGUGACGGGUUCGGCUCGGGAGUGGUUGAAGGCCUAGUUCCGGCUGUAGCUCUAUCGUUUACCAUAUACCUCUCAAUCUUCUUGACUGACAGAUUCUCAAUGUCUGUAAAAUGUAUUUCACGAAGUAGGCAGAAGGCUUUAGCUUAUAAAGCCGUUUUCUAUCUUCUGCUGUCUGUAACUGUCAUAUGGAUACUUCUGCUUGCUUCUCUAGAGUUCGCAGUACAAGGUUUCGCCACGAAAGUUCAGGAAGGGCGAGUCGUAGGUGAUGGAGCUGUUUUCUCCACUUGGUUCGUAUUUGUACUGUUACUCAAUCUUGCAUUUGUGCUACCUGCAUUGUACCUCUUACAAGGGAAGAGGUUGUUCAGAUACCUAAGAGGGAGAAAGAGGGCUUUCACGCCAAGGCAGCAGUAUCGAUUAAUAUCCCCACCGUCGCAUUCGCCAUCAAUGGCAAUGACCCCUUGUCUCCUAUGUGUAUUUUACGCUUCCACGCUCUUGUUCAUAUUCCCAUUACUCGCUCUUCCAAUCUUGGUAUUACUCUACCUGUCCUUCAUCGCCAACCGAUAUAUGAUUGAGCACGUCUUUGUCGAUUCCUCAUCUUGUCACCCUGGAACCGUGUUAGCACUAUGGUCUAUUAGAAGAUUCGGUUGGACACUAUCACUUCAACCGUUAUUAUAUGGUUUAAUAGUGAUUAGUAGAAAUGAGUGGGCUAUAGGAUGCGUUAGUAUCGGUGUGGCGGUGAUCACACUUGUACUAAGUGAACUUCUGACUGUCCUCCGAUUUCCACCACCGAAAAGAAAAUAUCUAUCGGGAACAACCAGGAAAGCAUUAGACGAGUUAACACGUUCGAUGGGGCAUCAAUUUACUUCGAAGGAAAGAGAUUCACGUCAAUCUGAUUUAUCGUUACUGAAUAGAGUAACCGCUUUAUUACCUGGUUAUUCCAGAUUACCUUCUAAUUGUCCAAUACCACUACCGACCAAUAUUAUUGACGACUUAUCCUCCUCCGAAAAGGCUUCAUAUACAAAUCCGAGAUUCAUCAAUUCAGACAUUCAAAUACCAAAUAGGUUCUUCUAUGAGAGUGAUGUUAGAGGGUUGAUAUAUCCACCGGAAAUGAUAGUUCCAGUUCCGGUGAUUUGGUUACCAUCUGAUAGAGGAGGGAAUAUAGCUCAAGCAGAGGCAAACGAACUGGCUAGGUAUCAUGGGUUAGUGGCUGUUGUAGAUCCCGAUCCAGACGUAAUCACGAGAAACGCAAAGGGGAAAGGGAAGGUAAGGGAACAUGCGAGAGGAGAAGCUGGCGCGCCUUUGUUGGAUAAAUAG